UUUCACAGGGAGUCACUCAAGAAGCACUUUAAAGGUCUGGGUUUGCACACACGCACCAGUAGUCAGAGCAAGAACUGUUUUUCUCACAAGAUGCCAUAUUUGUGGAUUUUACUCUUUUUCAUGACUGUACCUUGGAUGUUUUGUGGAACAGAAAGAAAUUAUAAUCUCGUGCAUAGAAACAGAGGAAUUUUGAAAAUAAUAGAUCAUGAACAACUAGCCUCAGAGAAUAAAGUUUUCAUGGAAGUCAAGAGAGGAAAGAAAAAGAUCAUUCCUACCCCAGACUACGAUAGUCUAGGCGAUGCAGAUGACAAAAAUCUUGGAGCAGACAAUAAAGAUGAUAAGGAACUUACUUGCUUGAUGUGUGUGUGUCUUACUGGAUCCGUGUACUGUGAGGAGAUUUCCCCUGAAAUGACAACAGUUCCACCUUUGCCAAAGGAAACUUCUUUCCUCUAUGCACGCUUCAACAAAAUCAAGAAAAUAGCCAGCAAAGACUUUGGUGAUAUUGCCACGCUGAGAAGAAUUGACCUGACUGGCAACCUGAUCUCUGAAAUAGAGGAUGGAGCCUUUUCAAAACUAAGUCAGCUUGAGGAACUUACACUUGCUGAGAACAAGCUGGUCAAACUGCCAAUUUUGCCAGCAAAACUUGUGUCUCUCAAUGUCAAUCACAACCUUCUUAAAACAAAGGGAGUAAAAGCAAACAUUUUCAAGAAACUCAGCAAGCUGGCAUACCUCUACCUUGGAGAUAAUGAACUGGAGGCGGUCCCACCCCUGCCUGAAAGUCUGCGUGUAGUUCAUCUACAUAAUAACAAUAUAACAACAUUCACAGAUGAAACUUUCUGCAAGGGAAACAAAACACACAUUAGGUACAACAUGCAGGAGGUUCGGCUUGAUGGAAACCCAAUUGUGCUGGCUCAGCAUCCCAACAGCUUCAUCUGUCUGAGAUCUCUACCGAUUGGACACUACAAAUGAUCUUCUGAGAUGUUCCUUCAGUCAUUGUCCAACUGGCAACCACUGUUAUGAUGUUAAAGAGUCAUAUCAAUGCUUUGCAGCACAUUUUCAGAGCUUUCUUGCAGCUAAAUACAAAAUGUUGAUUUAUUUUGAAUGAAUAAAGCAUUUAGACAGUGUUUAAGAUCACUUAGAUAAUAUGUAAGAGACAUAGGCAACUGGUUACUUUACAGUUGAAUGAUUUUUUUUUUGUUUCAUUAAAUGUAUUACUUCAAUUAAAGAUGCAGAAAAAUACUGCAGUAAAACUAAUGCAGAAAAUGUCUAUAAAUAUGGAAAAAGACAUUCAAUGCUAGUUUUAUUUAAAUCGUUUGUUGGGAAAUAAAUCAAUCUUGGCCCAACAGACUUUACCUACAUACUUUCUGAUUUAAGAUUAAUAGAUUUAAAUUCCAAACAUGAAUUUAUUUGAGUACAUUAUCUUCACAAAUUCAUGCACAAAUGGCAUAAGUUAUGCAUUAUUACUGACCUUUACCAACAUUUUAGAAGAAUGUAUUAUUAGUUACAGAACAAACAAACAAUUUUAUUGUCAAUCUCAUUUAGAAAAUACAAAAGCUGGCAUCUUCUUUAUGGAAAAAUUUACUGUCAAUAUUUUGUUACAGGAAUAGAUCUACUUAGUCUGGUCCUAUUAUGAUGCAGUCCAUUUCAGAAAUGCCUUGCAAUUGAGGUUUCAUUUUUCAGUAUCACUGUUUUGCAGAAAUACAAGUGUGUUUGUAUAACAACAUUAAUAUUUGAAUAAAUAUCAAUGUUAAUUAUAAUUUGACCACAACAGCAGUUCCAAAAUGGGUAUUUGUCUCCGUAUCGAUCAUGUGCUAUAUUCAGUGUUUUCUGAUGAAGUCCCAUGAUUUUCGUUUGUCUUCAGACUCAGUGAGGACAAUCAAGCCCUUGUCAAUUUUCUGUUAAUAUUCCCUCUCUGAUUGCUUUCUUCUGUAGACAUCAUCUGUGGAGGCACGCAACAAUAACUAUUUAUUCAUAACAAAACCAAUACUGAGUUCUACACAGGUUCGCUUUAGAAAAGUGAUGUAAUAUAUUUAUAUUUUUGUUUCAGAUUUUAAUGAGUAAAUCAACAUUCAUUGUUUGGAUAAACACAAAUGUACCACCUGUACAGCUAAUAUGUGACCAAAUAAGUGUCAUCAAUUAAAGCCAGUGUUAGAGUCCAAAACAGGAUCAUAAAGUUUAUCUUAUGCAAUCUUUCUAUGGAAUGCAUCAAAUAUUAACAUAGAAACCUGGAAUUGGGCCUGGGUAGAUCAACGAGUAUUGACGCUGACUGUGUAUUUGAAUGCUUGUUUCUUUUCGUGUGCAUAUACAGGUUUGCUUGUGUGUUGCGUCAUGCAUGAUAUGUGUGCAUGUACAGUAUGUCUGUUUGUGUGUGUUUACAGUGAGUGGAUUAUUUCUACCUCCCUGCUUGUGCUCGGACAAAUUGAGUAUCCUUUAUCCCUUGCAAAUCUGUAACCCUAUUGCAUUGUGUCUGUGUUUAAUUGUGUACAGUACAUAAAGAACA